AUGAGACGUUCUUUUGCCACUUUCACCCGUAGUAUCGAACAGCGCAUAAAGGACAAGUCAGCUCGGCCGAUCAUCAUCCCAGAAUUCCAAACAACGGGCCUUCGCUGCUGGCCUUUAUCCUCUAUUGGUAACAAUGGCUACCCUGGUGGUGACGGGCCACUGGAGGUAGUGCAUCGCGACAAAUGGAUGGAAGCCAUAGACCGCUUCCGCGGCGCGUUGCAGCGAGUUCACGAUAGUCUUCCGGAAACGCAUGGCCGACCAGAGAAGGUCAAGGUCGCGCUAAUUGAUGAUGGUGUCCGCCUCGACAAGCUCCAUAUAUACUUCGGUCAGAUGGUCGAAGCCUCCGGGCUUAGUUACUAUCCUCGAGGGAAACACACUGAGGAGCCCUGGCACAACUCUACUCAUGGGCGCGGAACUGUGAUGGCUAACAUGAUAGCUCGCGUCAACCCGUGGGUGUCACUGUGUGUGAUGCGUGUGCACGACAUCCCUUCAAGAGACGGCAGUCGGAUGAUCACGGCUCGCAGCGCCGCUAUGGCCAUCCGGGCUGCGAUUGGGCGCAAGGUUAAUAUCAUUUCCAUGUCGUGGAGUAUUCUAGCCAAGCACAGAGAAAAUGAAUCCACCAUUCCGUCGGGCGAGGAUUCGGGAAAUUCUGAACAAGACCCCGAGCUCGAGGAUCUCAGAGCCGCCAUCGACGAGGCAGUCGAGGCCAAGAUCCUGAUCUUUUGCUCCGCCAACGACGAUAUCAGUUUGAAAGUAACGGACUUCUUACCUUACCAAAGAGCGCCGAAAUAUAUCUUCCGCAUCGGAGCAGCGGAUCAACAUGGCAAACCUGAUAACGUUUCAGAAGACUUCAAGGCAAUGAACUUCUACCUACCCGGAAACAAGGUAGCUGAGACUGAGAACCCAACCGCCACAACACCGAUCACGUACCAUACUGGGUCAUGGGUGUCGACGGCCCUGGCAGCCGGACAAGCCUCCUUAAUUAUCUAUUGUGCAACCCUCGGUAAGGUAUACUACGAUUCAGUUGGUAACAAGCAACGUGCUGAAGAGUUUUCCCGGAGGCGGGAUGCGCUCAAAGAACGAAAUUACAUGGAGACGGCCUUCCAGAGUAUCAAAUUCCCGGGUUGGAAUAGUCCAAAGUUUCCUCCCGUGUGGGGAUUAUUUGGGGACGCGACUGCUUCAAUAAUCGGAACUGAAGAAGAUAGAGUGAGGCUGGAGGCAUUGACAAGUCUAGUUCAUAAACUUUCGUCGGGUAUCCGAUAG